GCUCGAAAUAGGAGUGGAGUGGCCUUGUAAAUGGCAUUAUACUACCGACCUCUUCUUCUCUUACAUCAUCGUCAUCCAACUUCUCCGUCUGUAAUUCCUUUUUUCCGAAAUUACCCUUCGAAACCCCUCAAAUUCUCCAGCCUGCCCUUCGUUCACAGCUGCCGUCAGACUACAGCCUACUCCUCCGCUCGGUGUUGUUCUUCUUCGUCGUCUUCAUCAAUGGAAUCUCCUCCCGAAGGUUACAGAAGAAAUGUCGGUGUCUGCCUCAUGAAUGAUUGCAAAAAGAUUUUCACUGCCUCGAGGUUGGAUAUUCCCAGUGCUUGGCAAAUGCCUCAGGGUGGAAUAGACGAGGGUGAAGAUCCAAGAGUUGCAGUCAUGAGAGAGCUUAAAGAAGAGACUGGAGUUCACUCCGCUGAGAUUGUAGCUGAGGCACCUCACUGGAUCACCUACGACUUCCCUCCUGAUGUUAGAGAGAAGCUUAAGGUCAGAUGGGGAUCGGAUUGGAAGGGUCAAGCACAGAAAUGGUUUCUUCUGAAAUUUACUGGGAAAGAUGAAGAAAUUAAUCUGCUUGGCGAUGGCACUGAGAAACCCGAGUUUGGAGAAUGGUCCUGGACUUCUCCUGAUCAAGUCGUUGAACAAGCUGUGGAAUUCAAGAAGCCAGUGUACAAGGAAGUCAUGUCAGCUUUCGCUUCUCAUCUCCAUUAGUAAAAAAGAAACAUAAAACUAAACUCAUUGUUUCUAAGUUCUUUUUUGAUAAGAAACUAGAGAAUAAGCUCUUCUUGACAAUAUUUGCUUUUUUAUCAACAACCCAUGACUAAAAAUACAA